AUGACAGACAUUACCAAGACCUCCGCCGGCGAUACCACGGCCGGCGUCGAUCCCGAGAAGAAUGCCAUUCAGGAGUCAUCGCCACAUGUUUGGACCAACAAGACACUCAUCUCCAUGUUCGUCAUGCUGUAUCUUGUCUCGUUCAUUGAUAUCCUCCUUCAAUCAGUCCAGUCAUCUUUGAACCCUUACAUUACCUCCUCCUUUGGAAAGCACGGUCUUCUGAAUGUCGUUUCUAUUCUUUCCACCGUUCUCAGUGGUGCCACCAAGCUUACACUAGCUAAAGUUGUCGAUAUUUGGGGCCGUAUCGAGGACUUUAUCGUUAUGUUGCUCAUUGUCACCAUUGGGUUGAUCAUGAAGGCUACCUGCCAGACCAUUGAAGUCUACGUUGGAGCCCACGUUCUCUAUUGGACAGGCCAUAUCGGUCUCAUGUACAUUAUCGACAUUAUGAUCGCCGAUAUGACCACCCUCAAGAACCGUAUGAUUAUCGCGGGCAUUAACGGUACCCCGACGAUUUGCUCAACCUUUGCGGGUCCCAAGAUUGCCGAGCUGUUCUAUACAAACGUCAACUUCAGAUGGGCAUUCGGUGCUUUCGCGAUCAUGCAGGUUGGAAUUUGCCUUCCAGUCUUCCUCGUCAUGCUCUUGGAGCAGCGCAAGGCUACCAAGCAAGGUCUCAUUAAGCCCAAGGAGGCUUCUGGCCGCAACAUCAUCAAGUCCCUCUGGUAUUACUUUAUCGAGCUCGAUGCAUGUGCUAGUUAUCGGGCUCAUCUUGAUUGUUGCUGCCUUUUCCCUAUUCCUCCUACCUUUCAGCUUAGUCUCCUACCCCCCAUACGGCUGGAAGACAGGCUACAUCAUCGCAAUGAUUAUCAUCGGUAUUCUUUGCUUACUGCCUUCGCUCUCUGGGAGUGGAAGGUUGCACCCGUUCAAUUCAUCCCCUGGAAGUAUCUCAAGAACCCUACUAUUCUGGGUUCUUGCCUUCUCUACGGUGCAAUGUUCAUCUCUACAUUCUGCUGGGACGCGUAUUUCUACUCAUACCUGCAGGCUGUGAACAGGCUCAGCAUUACCACCGCUGGUUAUGUCCUGAACGCCUAUUCCCUCAGUUCCGCCGUCUUUGCCCCCUUCAUCGGAGCUGUCAUUAGCUACACUGGAGACUUUAAGUGGUCUGCCAUUGCUGGUGUCCCACUGAUGCUUCUUGGAACAGCUCUCCUUAUCCCACUCCGAACCCCUGAAACCGGUCCUGGCCUAAUUACCAUGACCCAGAUUUUCGUUGGUGUUGGUGCUCAGCUAUUCGCAUCUUGCGGUCAGCUCGCCGUCCAGGUCGCUGUCACACACCAUGAAAUUGCCGUCGUGCUCGCCAUCUGGGGCAUGUUUGGCUCCUUCGGUGCAGCAAUCGGCAACGCGAUUGCCGGCGCGCUUUGGAACAACAUCCUCCCCGAGCAGCUGCUCCUCCGCCUUCCCGAAUCUGUGAAGAACCAGUCUGCCACUAUCUACGGUGACAUGGUUCUGCAAAUGAGUUUCGAAGAUGGCAGCCCAGAGCGAGAAGCUAUUGUGGGUGCUUACGGCUACCUCCAGCGAAGAAUGGUGAUCGCCGGUGCUUGCUUCAUGCCCCUCUGUCUCUUUGCGAUCUUUGUUUGGAAGAAUACCAACAUCAGGAAGCUUCAGAGCGAGCAAGGUAUCCAGACCAAGGGCAGAGUCUUCUAA